AUGACAUUGAAAUCGAAGGCAAAAUCAAAAUCAAAAUCAAAGCCAAAAUCAAAGCCAAAAUCAAAGAACAUUUCGGUAAAAAGUAAAAAGACACCUAAAAAUCAGCCAGCAAUGAAAGAAGUCUCUAGCAAAAAAAAGAAACAGCAGGAGCCGAAGAAAAAAGACAAAAAGGUGGUCCGAGUACCAAAUCGGCAACGUCGUGAACCCUUCAAAGGAUUGAUGAUCUCCAAAAAACUGGCAAUGUUGUCUACAGAGAAGGCAUAUGCUUUCAAAAUCAGGAAACUAGGAGGGGAUAAUACUCAAUUUGUGAAAAUUGAUCCUCUUGGAGAGAUUAUGGAUAACCGGGCACACAAAGUUGGAAUGCCCAAACGCUACUCAGCGACAGUUUACGAACCUCCCAUCGGUGCAACUGGGGAACUCCUCUACUAUCUGUACAAGACAUACAACUUCAUGGAUGAUCUCACAAAGUACGACAUUCACCGUCGAGCCGACCAUUAUUCGAAUAUGAUUCGUUGGAAAAGAGAUUCACAUUAUUUCAAAGCAGGAUUGGCUGUAUGUCUGAGUUUCCAAGUGCGUCGACGACGAGAGAAGUUUCGUAUACGGGGAAAAUGGAGACCACAAUACUCGAACUAUGGAAAACGGAUGUUAGAAUCGCCAAGAUCCCUAUUCACGAAAAUGCAGAAAACCGCUCAACCGUAUUUCGCUCAAAUGAUUGUUUCGAAGAGAGAUGAAGCUACAGCUAUGGCAACUCAAUUGGCACAUGCUGCGUAUCAGAACUUUACGAAUAAGGAGACAAAGGGACGAAUUGUGAAGUUCAUGAGACACAAUAAUGAAUGGCUAAACGAGCGAUCAAAAUGUUGUCAGGUACCGAUUCUUCUGAGAUUCAGCCGAGAUCGACUGACUGGAAACGUCGUGAAUGGCCAUCGUAGAAUGCCGUAUCGCAGACGUGUCUGCCAGGAUCUUUUCAGCGAAUUCAACUACAUUUCUUCCCAUCUGGCAUUUUCUGUUCAUUUCUGCCGAGUUCUCAGAAAUUUUCGAGUUAAUGAGGCAGCAGAAGAUGAAGUCAUUCAGAAGAGUGGCAUUCUGACUCCCCUGAUUCGUAUGCGAAUGUCUCGAUACAAUUAUUUCCCAGCUAUUUCUGUUGUAAAUUACAACGAGAACAAUGAACUACAAACUACAAUCCCUCGUUUCCCAAGAAGAGCUCCUUCUAUCUGUGCAGUCAGUGGAUAUUCAAGUGAUAGCUCCGCAUCAGCUGCCACCGAUUCUCCAUUAGAUUUUCUUGAUUGGAAACUGGUGGAUAAGGAGCUGGAGCAUCGGAUGGUCUUUGGUGGUGAUACGACAAGAUACAACACUCGAGUAGCUUCUGAAAAACAUUACAACGAGAGAAGAUGGAAGGAAAUGGAGAGACGGAAGAAAUUGUUGUACAAGGCAAAUGCAAGGUUCGAGAUGAGAAAUAAUGUUCCCAUUUUGACAGAGAUUUCAAAAAUGCACCCGCCCCUCAUUUUUUGCAAAUUGAAGGGAAUGGAACUGAACAAACUUCGCAAAAGUACAUUUCCACCGGAGAUGGAUCCAGAAGUCCGUGAUGCAACUGCGUACCUGUUCAAACAACGAAUGAACUUUCUGGAGAAAACUCUUCCAUGUAAGAAAGACCCACGAAUCCUCAUGACUCCAGGAUGGACAGUUUUUGGAAUUCGGGAGAAUACAGAGACUUUUGAGAAUGUAGCAAGAAUUCUAAAACAGAGAAGUUCAUGGGUCACAAAAAAUGCAAUGUCUAGAGCAGCGACGGUUCCGAGAUGUGAUAAACUUCCGAUGAUUUCUGAUGAGCGUCACAAGAAGUUGUUCAUUGUGCUAAUCUUGCCACUGACGAUUGCAUUGACUGUUGUAACUUUUGGAAUGAUCAGUUUUCUUUGA